AUGUGAAGUUACAGUAACGUGGUUGUUUAUUUCGCGUAGCAGUGUGUGUGAUGUCCAAAUACAAUCGUUGUCCUAACCGUUGUACCUUUCUGACCAUCAAACCUAGCGAACAGCUACUUUCGUUGUUAGACAAGGUGACUAAAAAUGAAACUGUACGCAUUUUCAGCGCACAGGUACUUGGUUUUAUUGAGAAAGUAGUCUUAUGUGUCGUGGGGGUUUGUCGUAGUGCAAGAUGACUGACAGGAGGAGUGACACAGUAAUGGAGUCGGUAAUGCUGGUGGCCCCUGUCACAGCCCUGGAGUUCCUGGGGGAGGACUACCUACUGGCUGGCGAGGGCCCGGUCCUGUCCGUCUACAGCCUCGGGGUGCGGCCGCACGCCUGCGUCUCCCUGACCGCGCUCCGGAACCAGCGCGUCCACGGCGUCCGCCCGGAUCCAUGGCCCCCAUGGCGAUGGUCUGGGGGGGUCAGGGGCGCGGUGCUGGCUGUGUUUGGGGGGAAAGCGGUGAGGGUGGUGGGCUUUAAGGAGUCGGGGGACGGGGCCCCCUGCCUCCAGGCCCUGGGGCCCAUACAGGAGUUGCAGGACUGGGUGCGUGACGUGCGCUGGCUCCGGGGCGCAGCGCCCCUCCUGGCCGUGGCCCUGGCCCACAAUGCCGUGCUCCUGCUGGAGGCGGGGACGGGGCGGAGCUCAGCGCUGCGCUCCUGCCAGGAGGGCUGCCUGCUGUACUCGGCUCUGUUGCUGGGGCAACGGUGGGAUCACAUGGUUGUUGUUGGCGGGACGGUCUUCAACCAGCUGGUGAUGUGGAGGCCCGGAGGGGGAGGGGCAGAGGGGCGGGGCCAGCCGGGGCGGGGGGCCGAGCGGAGGGCUCCGGUGGAGCGGCGUCUGUCGGGUCACAGCGGGGUCAUCUUCAGCCUGGCGUACCAGCGGCAGAGGGGCUGGCUGGCCUCGGCGUCUGACGACCGCAGCGUGCGGCUGUGGGGGGUGGGGCCCCUGGGCGGGGCCGCGGGCUGUGGGGCCCCCGCCCCGGCCUGCCUGCGGGUGCUGUACGGGCACCAGGCCCGCGUUUUCGCCGUGCGCCUCUCCCCCGGCCGGGUGUUCAGCGGGGGGGAGGACGGGGCCUGUCUGCAGUGGGACUGGGAGAGUGGGACGGUGCGGCGAUCCCUAAAGGGCCACAGGGCCGGGGGGGUGCGGGCCCUGGCCCUCAGCGAGGGGGGGGAGGGGCGGGGGAGGUGGGUGGCCACCGGCGGGGCGGAUGGGGGGGUCCGGCUCUGGAGGGUGCGGGAGGAAGAGGGGGAUGAGGAGGAGGAGGGAGAGGAGGGAGAGGGGGUCCCUGAGACCCGCGCUCUGGUGGACCUGGGUUUCGCCGGCCGAGGUUGCCCCAAGGUGGUGCGUGUGGUGGGGCCGGGGGGCUGGAGGCACGGCGGGGUGGUGCUGAGCACGGACCAGGGGGAGGUGUACCUGUGGGAGGAGGCGGGAGGCUGGAGGCUGGUGUGGGCCGGGGGCCCGGAGUUCCAGUCCUACAAUGUGAUGGAGGUGCUGAAUACGGGCGGGGUCACAGGGUGCGGGGCGGGGCUGUGUGCUGUGGGCAGCCUGAAGGGGGCGCUGUGUGUGUUCCCCCUGGCUCAGCCCGGCGCUCAGGUACGCCUCUCAGCGGGCCAGGGGAAGGUGCACAGCGUGCUGUGGGCAGGGCCUGACGGGGAGCAGGCCUAUCUGCUGGCCUCAGGUGCGGAGGGGCGGGUGCAUCGCUGGUGCCUGGGGGUGGAGUCUGACGGGCGGGGCCUGGCCGUUAGUGCCACACCCCUCCCCUCCCUCCUCCUGCCCUCCUGCGCUAAACGCUGGCUCACUGCCGUGACCUUCCUACCCCGGCCAGAGGGGGCGCUGUGGUUCUGCGGAGACAGGAGGGGCUCCCUCCUGCUCUACCGAGACCGGCGAGACGGAGACGGAGCGGGGGAUGAGACACAGGAGAAGGGGGAAGAGAGAGACAGACAGCCAGCUAAGAGAGAGAAAGAGGGAGAGAUGGAUGACAGAGGGCCAGAGGAGGAUGAAAAAGAUAAAAGAAAGGGAGAAGAAGGAGAGGCAGGAGUGCUGCAGCCGGUUGGGACUCUGUUUGGGGUGCACGGGAAGCAGGGCGUGACGUGGGUGUGUGAGCACCAGGGGGCGCUGUUCAGCUGCGGGAGGGACGGCUCCGUUCGGGAGCUGAGGGUGGAGCACGGGAGCAGACUGGAGGUCCUGAGGGCGGAGCGGGCCUGCAGGGGGAUGGACUGGGUGGAGAGGGUCCUGUUCCUGGGAGCGGAGGAGGGCCGGGAGGCCGAGCGGAUGGCGGUUCUGGGAUUCCACUCUGUGUUUUUCGAGAUGUGGGACCCCGCCCGGCAGGAGCGGCUGCUCUCGGUGGCCUGUGGGGGCGGCCACCGGUCCUGGAGUUACUGCCCCCGCUCCGGGACCCUGGUGUUCGUGAAGCAGGGCUCGGUGCUGGCCACGCCGGCCUCCCGGGACCCACGGGGGCCGGACGGUUGGGGCCUGAAGCCGGGCGUUCACGGCCGGGGCGUGGGCUGCGUGUGCCGCCUGGGCCGGGCGGGGCCCUGGGAGGUGUUGGCGAGCGGGGGAGAGGACACCACCCUGAGCGUGCUGGCGCUGCGGCCAGCCAGCGGAGACGUGGCGGUGCUGUCCGUCAUCACGGACCACAUCUCCAGCGUGCGGGCCCUCGCCGCUGUCCCCCGCACGGACGGCCAGACUGACGGACGGGAGGACUCCCUCUCCGCCCUGCUGGUUUCGGCCGGGGGCAGGGCUCAGCUGCAGUGCUACCGGCUGCUGAUUGGUGGGGGCUCGCAGCUCGGCCCGCCCACCUGUCAGGUGAUCCAGGUGGCCAGCCACCGAUUGGACGAGCAGUGGGAAAGAAGGCGGAACCGGCACAAGACUGUGAAAAUGGACCCUGAGACCAGGUACAUGUCCUUGGCAGUGCUGCAUGAUGGGACAGCGGAGGUCCUCCUGGCUGUUGCCUGUAGUGAUGGUGCUGUGAGAGUUUUCUCUGUGAGUGAAGCGGAGGGCAAGGUCCAGCUGCUUUGGGAGAGCUUCCAUCACCAGCGGUGUGUGCUCAGCGUCGCCCCCUGCUGCCUGGAGGACCCCCUGGGCAAUCGGAGGCUGUUUGUGUUCAGCGGGGCUACAGAUGGAAGUGUUGCAUUGUGGGAUAUGAGCACACUCCCAGCCUGGAGAGCCAGUUCCACUGCUGACCUCACCUGGAACGGUCCUGCCAGUCCCUGCUUUACAGCGACAGCCCAUCAGAGUGGGGUGAACAGUCUGGCUGUGUGGGAGGAGCUUUGGGGGGAGGCGGGGCGUGAGAAGGAAGAGGGGGCGGAGCCUGGGGAGCAGGAAGCAGCCUGGAUGACCGUGGCAAGCGGAGGGGAUGACGGGCAGCUGUCCGUGGCUAACAUUAGGCUGCAGUUCCACCAGCGGGAGGUAGAGGGCGGUGUUGUAUCCGUGCAGAUGCUGUCACGGUCCACUGUGCCCCUGGCUCACGCUGCCCCGCUAACUGCUCUUCAACAUCUGGGUCCUGGCCUGCUGGUCUCCACCUCCCCCGACCAACGCGUGUGUCUCUGGCAGCUAAGCAGCCCCGCCCCUCACCUACACGGACCUUCCCCACACCAGCAUGGCUCCUCCCCUCACCUACAUGGACCUGCCCCACACCAGCAUGGCUCCUCCCCUCCCCGACACGGACCUGCCCCACAUCAGCACGGACCCGCCCCUCACCAACACGGACCUGCCCCACACCAGCACGGACCCGCCCCUCACCAACACGGACCUGCCCCACACCAGCAUGGCUCCUCCCCUCCCCGACACGGACCUGCCCCACACCAGCAUGGCUCCUCCCCUCCCCGACACGGACCUGCCCCACACCAGCACGGACCCGCCCCUCACCAACACGGACCUGCCCCACACCAGCAUGGCUCCUCCCCUCCCCGACACGGACCUGCCCCACACCAGCAUGGACCCGCCCCUCACCAGCACGGACGUGCCCCUCACCUACAGGGCCCCGCCCCACAGGAUUCAGACCCCGCCCCUCAGCAGUUGGGCGCACUGUUCUCGCACGUGGCCGAUGCAGCAGGCAUGGUGGCUUGGACUGGGGGCGGAGCCUGGACAGAGGAGGGCGGAGUCUGGACAGAGGAGGGCGGAGUCUGGGCGGUGGUUUGCGGUCAGGGGCUACAGCUGCUGCGAAUCAGAGGAGAGAAUGGGGGGAUGACGAAGGAGUGAGGGAGAGAAAGGCAGGUGUGGGAGGGUAGAGGUCAGAGGUCAGGGCUGUAACUACUGCCGAGGAACUACAACUACAUGUCCUCUAUAUUUUUUUCCAUGUCCAUUUCCAAAGGCUAUAUUUAGUUUCAUUCUUAAGUGAGGACAUCUGUUUCAAUUCAUUGAGGAGGGGAAUCAAUGUUUUUUUUUUGUGUGUGUUUUUUUUUUUUUUUUUACAUUUUCUCAAAUUUAAGCCUAAUCUAGGGGCAUGUGUACACCAUUAAAGUUCAUCUUCAGAAAUGAACAGAUUAAAGGAAGCAGUGGACCCCGUACACAGCUGGCCCGGACGGCUCUGGCAAACCGCUGAAGACGGAGAUGAAUCUUGGUCCCUCGCACACAGACUCACAAACAGAACGCACACACACAUUUAAGGAUCCCGUUCACAUGCAGAUAGAUCUCACACACGGAUAUACCCUGAGGUCCGUAAGUAUUUGGACAGUGUUUAAGGGCUGUAUGAUUCUGACAUGAUUCACUCCGUAUGAAGAGCACGGUGUGGGAAUUGCUGCCCUUUAAAAUUUUGUGCUAGCCCUUUAAAAUUGUGUCACUGUCCAAAUACUUACGGACCUCACUGUACAUGCAUAUAAAGGGCUGGGACUACAAGGUGAGAGUAUGUUUUCCACUUGAUCCGUGACAUGGUCAUGGUCCAUGGACCACCUGUUGAAAACCCAGGAACUAAUGGACUGGAAAUAUUAUUAUAUAAGACCAGUACAAGUCACAGGGAGGUGGUGGUGUAGUUUCUGGGUGUAUAUGUAUAUUUGACUCCCAUGUGCUGGUAUUACUGUUGAUAGUUUGUAACUGAAAUAAAUAAUUUUUCCACGUGUA